UAAUAAUUUAAACCAAACGAACAUGAAAUAUCGCUUUGCCCUUGAUCAACCAAUGCGCUCUUCUGACGUUUCGCUUAAAUUCGACGUCUUAUGCAUAAUAACAAAUACAUUACUGAACGUUAAUAAUUAACAUAAUUUUAACGUCCAAUAUUAAAAGUAAUUAUCAUAAAAUAAAAAAUAAAUAGUUAGUGUUCAGUGUUAUGGCGACAUUGUCAAUACAUUUACACAUUUCCGACGAUUAGUUUUUUAUGAAUAUUACCCAAUAGAUUUUCAUUGUUUCACUCGUAGUAAACAUCAUGUCAAUACAAGACAAAUUUAACGCUGCCAUAAACGUGAUCAGGAGUUUACCGAAAAACGGUGAGUAUUAAACAACAUACCUAUCUAUUUAAUAUAAGUACCUACUUGCGAUUCAAUUUUAUUUCAAAUUAUUAUUCUAUAAUAUGUACCUAGUGGGGUAGAUUAAAAUAUAGGUGCCUUUUACAAUAAUUUUUUGGCUACCAACUAUUCCAUUUAUCAAAAAUGUGUUUGAUUUUCUCUUAUAAAGUUGAUACAUAUAUUAUGUGGUACCUAUCUAGUAAUUAUUUUUAAAUAUUCAUGAAAAAUUAUCAUAUUGCAGUAACCUCUUUAGUAAAUUGACUAUUCAAUUGACUAUAAAUUCAAACUAUUUAAAAAAUUAUCAAAUCACUUAUGUAGACAUUUUCACCAAUUAUUCAUUAGGUGUACUACCUAGUAUUUUAAAAGAUGAUAAUAUGAUUUUUGACAAAAAUGCCACUAUUUUUAGUGAUAUCUAAAUUGUGUAGAACUCAUCACCAUGGAAGUAUGAUAAUACUUUUAGGCAUAAUAAUAUUAUAAUAUUCAAGUAGGUAUCAUCUGGAUUUCAUUCAUAGCAGUUGACCUAAAUAAUUUGGUACUUACUUAACUUUUUUAGAAAACUGCGACAGGGACAUUUCAAUACUGUUUAAAUACUCGUGAUCUGUAAUAUUUGAGAUAAUACUGAUUUAAUAUUAACAAUUCGAAACAUCUGUGUUAAAUUUUAUAAUAAUAGAGGUUACUAUUUAAAUUAAAAUUUAUACAUGACUGUAUGUUAUACUCAUUAAUCUAUAAAAUUUAAAAAUUGAUAAAAAGACUUUGUUGUUAAUAAAAUAAAAUCAUACAGAUAGGUAGAAAAUUAUUUUAUUUUUAUAGUUUAGAUUAAACCAAAAGUUAAUUAUGAUCUUAAAUUAUCUAGUCGAUAUAUAUAAGCUAUAGAAGUGAGAAUGAAUCAAACCAUAGUAUUUUUGAACUAUCUAUCCAAGUACACAUAUUUUUGCUGCGUGCAAAAGUGACCAAGUAUAAAAAAAUAACAAUUUAAUGUAUUUAAAUGCCUCAUUGUAUCCCCGUAUAUGAAAAAUGUGCACAAGUGAUAUCACAAACAGUUCAGUUCAGAAACCACUUUACACGUAAUUCUUGAUUAAUAUCAAAAUUGAAUGCAAUUUAAAUAUGAAUUUAAAAUUUAAAAAUAAAUGUUUAACAUGUUCAAAUCAUUUAUGAUUUAAUCACUUUCUUCACAACGGUGAUGAUAUAUACUAAAAAAAGUGUACAGCUGUAUCAAUACUAUUAAUAUUAUUGUAACAUUAACAUAGAGUUUUUAAUUUAUUUUGAGUGAUGAUAAUAUGAUUGAUGUUAUGUACUAAAAAGCAUAAGUUUAAAUUAUUUAUUUUUGUCAAAGUAAAACUAAGGAAAAUGAUAUAUAUAUAUAUAUAUUUACCUUUUUAAGAUUUAUGUGGUUUGUUAUAAUCAUAAUUCAGUACAUAUCCACAAGCGCUUAAAUGUCUUAUAAUUACAUAUCAUAAAACAUAAUUUGAAUAACUAUUGUGGAAUUAAGAUUUGAACAGGUUACUUGAUACUUCGAUAGAUAACAAAUUGCAUACAUAACAAAUUUUGCAUUGUAAAUUAAAGUCUGUCAUUCAGAAAUAUGCACUAGUAGCAAAUAUUUUAUUAUCAAUUGAGUAUAAUAUUUCGUCAGCAUGAUGCAAAUCAAAAUAAAUAGGUAUUUAAAAAUAAAUAAUAAAAUAACAAAAUAAAUAGGAUUUUUGUCAGGUUGUUUAUUUUAUAUUAUGUAUGCUGUUGAAAUCCAUAUCAGUAAUUUAGUAAAAUUAUUUUGUAUUUUCAGACUAGUUAUUUAAAUAACAAUUUCAAUAAAUACUAAAAUAGAAAAUUAUUAUUUUUUUAUUUAAUAUAUACCACAUAUUUAGUUUUUAAAAAUUGUAUAUAAUAUUAUUUUUUAUUUUUUAUUUUACAAAUAUAUACAGACUAAUGUCCUAUUACAUAACAUGAUUAAAUUAUGGUAUAAGGUAUAGUUUACAGUAGCAUACAAUUAACAUAGUUAAGGCUUAUAAUAAAAUUAUAUCAUGUUUAUAGGUUCGUACCAACCAUCUAAUGAACUCCUGCUUCGGUUUUAUGCGUAUUUCAAACAGGGUACGAUAGGACGAAACUAUCAGCCUAAACCUAGUUUUUGGGAUGUCGUUAAUAAAGCAAAAUGGCAAGCUUGGGCAGAUUUGGGAGACAUGCCGAAGGAACAAGCAAUGCAAGAAUAUGUCAAUGAAUUAAAAAAGGUAAUAUUAUAAAAUUAAUUCAUUUAUAAUAUUUGUAGGUUUAUGUAGUUUAUUAUACAAAAGUUUUUAUAGGUAAAUAAUGUAUGAAAAGCUAUUUAAAAUUGUAUAACACUGUAUUUGAUCAUUCUACUUGCACCUUUAACUUUCCUAAUAAUAUUAUUAUUUUGCAUACCCCCUUAUUGGUGUUAAAAUUUUUCUAUACUAUUAUAAAAAUAACACGUAUCUGCUUUUUCUUUUAUUUAUUAUUAUAUAUACAAUUUACAUUACACACAUUAAUACUAUGAUUAGAUGAUUAGAUUUAGUUUUUUAUUAAUUUGAUUUAAAAAUAAAAUAAAAACACUCAUCAGUUAAUAUAGUUAUCAUAGAACAUUUAAUUAUUUGGCAACAAAAAGAAAUAAUUGAAACAUUGUAAAUUUUACUAUCUUUUGGAAAAAUAAUUAAUUUUUUUAGAUAUAUAAUAUAUUUCAUAAUAUUGAUUGAAAAGUUACAAACCUACAUUUUGCAAAUCUUAUUAUGAAUACAUUUCUAGAUAAUAAUUUACUGUGCCCUGGAUUUAGGGAAUGAUUAGUUGGUUUAUAAAAAUGAUGUGUGCAUUUGUGUACAAGAGAAAUUUUAAAAUUACUAUUUUAUUAUUUUAUUUUUAUAUAAUAAUGUAAUUAAAUGUAUUAAAAACGAAACUUUGUAUGAUAUUAAAACAAAAAUAAGGUAAUAUGUUCGCUGUAUGAUAUUCAUUAUAAUUAAUACCAAUUAUUAGUUACUUAUUUCUAUUAUUUAUCAUUUUAUUUUUUUUUUUUUGUAUCUUAAUUACGAGAAUAAAACUUUCAGAUUGUAGAAACCAUGGCAUAUACGAAUCCUGUAGCUGACUUUGUGUCAAGAUUAGAUUCAUUUUAUGAAUCAGUUUCCAUUGAUGAUUUAGAAAUGGUUGUUGGUCCAAUCGAGCGUAAAAAUUCAAUAGGUACAGUAAUUUAACUAAUCUAUUUUUUAAUUUUUUACAAGCUAAUGUUAUAAGUGGAUGAAAUAAAACAAAAUCUAGGUAAUAAUCCAAAAUUGUCCAAAAUUAUAAAAAAACCUUUUUCAUUGAUUGAAACAAGAUUUUUAAUAAAUUAGUUGUUCACCGAUACACAAAAUAUCUGAUCUUAUUGAUAUUACUAAUGGGUGUGCCACUGUUGUAGGUGGGGUAUUAAUAGGUUUGGGUACAUAGUUAUUUGACUUAAAUCUAUACACAAAUCUGCAAAAUUUGGUUAACUAGGUUUUUUUGUGAUUCUAUCAAAAUUUGAACUUAAAAUGCUAAUAUAAAAAACUACUACUUUGCAUUAAAAAUUUUUUUUCUUGUCAUCUUAUAAUAAAUCUUGUGUUAAAUUUUCAAAUAUUUAUACUAGACUAAAACAAUUGUAUCCACAUAAAACCAAAUAAUAACUGAAAAAAAAACUUGAUAGUGUAAAAUGCCUAAAAAUAGCCAUAAAUCAACAAAAUGUCUUGAAUAAGUAUUCUGGGAAAAUGUCAGAUCUCUACAAUUUUUUUUAAUCAAAUUACAAAAAGGAAAAAAUCACCUAUUAAUUCCUUAGUGCAUUCAGAAUCUAAAAGCUAACAAUCAUUUAUACUGCAUUGGUAAUGUAUAGAAUGGUCUAAAUAUUAUUAUGAGCUAUAUAGUUAUAAUAUGUCAUUUUUGGAUUACAGACAACAAUAAAUAAUACAAGUUUUAUACAAUAACUACCUAUUUGUUUUUUAAAAAAAAAAAAUUUUUUUUAGAAAAUGUGGAUGCUUCUAGUACAGUUUCAAUAAAUGAACAUCAGAGUACAGGAGAUACAGACAUAGAUGAUGAAGAGUGUUUUCAUGAUGUCAUGGAGGUAAAACAUUUGGUUAAUUUAAUUUAAUAAGUAUUUUAUUUUUUUAUUUUUUAAUGAGACCAAUUUAAUUUUAAGUAGACUUUAUUCAUAACGAAAUUCUUAAGUAUUAGAGAUAUUUGAUCAAUUUCAGAACUUUUACUAUUGCCUACUUAUAGUGAUAAGAAAGUUCUUUUUGAAAAGUAAACUACUUCAGGUUCUAGAUCAUAGUUUUUAAAAUGAACCAGUUUCAUCAAAUUAAAAUAAGAGUAAACUAUUUAUAUAUAAUAUUGUUUUUUAUUUUAAUAACUCAGUUUACCGAAUAUAGUGAGUUUGUGUAAAAAGAAUAUAUAAUGUAUUUAUGAAGUAAAUAAUUGUUUUUCCUUAAGUUCAGAUGCACAUUCACACAUCAGUAAAGUUUCUGAAUUUAAUAUUAAUCUACAAAAUAUUGUUCACAUGAAAUCACUACUAACUAAAUUUAAACUAUUGGGCCAAUAACUAAUGACUACUAAUUAAUAAAUAAUACCUAACUAACAAAUUAUAAUUUGUAUAAUAAUAAUUAAAAACUGAAAUAAUUGGAUAGAGUAUAUUAGUGUAUUGUAUAUAAAAUAAAUAAAUAAUUUAAAGUUUGUCACACUGACAAAAUAUAGAUAGAAUAGUUAUUUAUUUAUAUAAGCUAUAAACAGACCAGGCCCAAUUACAUGUAAUUUAAUAUAAUUAAUAUAAUACUAAUAGCUAUGUACUAAUAAGUAUGAAACUACAAUGCAUUUUGAAAAAGUUAUAGUUAGGUGAUAAUGAACAAAUUGAUUUUUCAUUAAUUUAUAGUUUUUAUAAUUCUAUUGGGGGAGGCGUAUUAAUUUCAUCUAAUUAAUUGUAUCUAAUAACCUUAAACAAAUCAAUUUUGCUGAAUAUGUGAAAUAUUUUGUAUUUUAAAACUUUUCUUUGUAAAAACAGAGUUUACAGUAAAUUGUAUAAUAAUAAAUUAUAUACAGAAGUACCAAGAAGAAGAGAUACCAAAAAGUUUUAUUUCAUUUUAUGAUCAGUGAUUUAAUUAUUUGCAAAAAACCACAAAAAUACCCAAUUUUUUCAUUUUCAACCCUCUUGGAGCACAGGGAAGGGGUGAGUUAUCAUGACCAAAUCUCACACAGAUUACUUUUACAUGGUAAUGAAAAAAUAGAAGGGGGUCAGUCAUCAAAAAUAAUUAUGUUCAAAAAUAAGAACUAUCCCAAUAAAUAAUACUAUAUAACAAAUUAAUAAUUUCUAAAAUCUGGUGGAUUGAUAUUUUAUUUCUUUUUGAAUAUAAUUUAGGUAAUUUCGGUAAUCUAAUUUAGAGAUAGUUUUGCAUUGAGAUUAUAAAUUUAAGAAUGUAUUAUAAUCAUUAGGUGAACCUAGUCUUAAAAAUUGUAUGAGAUAUUAUCUUAUAUCUAUUACCAUAAACUACAAAUUAAUGAAAAUACAUAUAAAGCAACCAUUUAUUUUUUUAUUAUUUAAAUUACAUUAUUCAAUUUAUUUCAGUCUACAGGAGAUCUAAAAAAAAUCAAUUCACAGAAAGUCAACCAAUACUUGAAGCCUAGUGAUUAUAUUGAUCAUUCGGUGACAGCUAAUGACAGUCACAUUCCAGUGUCUCAACAAAAUGGUACUAGUUUAAUUCAGACAAAAUAUUCAAAGGAAUGUAAGUCAAAUUAAAUUAAUAUCAAAAUAUCUCUAUUUUAUACAUAUUUUUUUUCCACAGUGGUAGAUGACUUUCGUUUACAAAUAAGAAAUACAUUAUCAAUUAUGAGACGUGAUAUGGAAGUUUUAAAUUCCAGAAUUAGUAGAGUAGAACUAAAAUUAAACGAGGUAAUAUAAAUUUAUCUUAUACAAAGUUACAUUUUAUUUUAUAUAUAUUAAUAGGUAUAUUUCUCUAUAUUAAAAUUAAUGCAAUUUUUAAAUAAUUCAAAAUAAAAAUUUCUUGUACAAACAGUUUUGUAGAUUAGGGUGUAUCAAUUUUUUUUCCAAAUUUUAAUAGUGAUAAAAAGUUAGUACUGAUUCAUACUCAAAUAGAUAUAUAAAAAAAAAUGGAUAUGAUAUGAUCAAUUUAAGAGUGGUAACUCAUUUAUUUGAUUUUACUUAUAUUAUAUUUUAACUUUUAAAAAAAAAAAAAAAACAUUGAAUUUAAAUUGUUUAAGUUUUUUUUCAAUUUUAUUUUUGAAGUUUAUAAUUGUAAAAACUUUAUGUAAACUCUAGAACUAACUAAAUCUAAAAUAUUUGUUUGAACAAAAAUAAGGCAUUAGAACAUGAAUAUAUUUUAUAAUACUUGUUUAAGUGUUUCUUGGCAGUAUUAUUGAUAUUAUUGGAGAUUCUGUUAUUUUAUUUCUCUCCAAUCAAUUAGAUUGAUGUAUUCAUUAGCAUAUAAAUUUAAUCUAAGAACUACUUCAUUCAUUUUUAAUUGUCGAGAAAGCUUUUUUUACGAUAUCUUUAUGUGUAUCAAAUGGCAUAUAUAUAAAUAUAUUUUUAGGUGUCCAAAAUACACAUUUUGUUGAAUAACAGGAUCAAUAUUUUCUGUAAGUUAUUAGAUAGAUACCACAAAAUCUGUAUUGUCACCCAAAGGUAUUUUAAAUCAUACAGGACCACAAACUUUUACAUAAUAUAAAUUCAGUUUUAAAUAUUUAAAUUGGACAUUCAAUACAAACAUAUUAAUGUAGAAUUUUAUUAGGGAUUGAAAGCCAUCUAAAGAGUACUUGCUUACCUAGAUUUCUUCUGUAUUAUUCCAUAUUAUCUUUUUUAUUUCUAAAGUAAAUCCAUUUAUUGGUCUUGCAUGACCUAUGUAUUUAGAUCCUAGUUCUUGAAUAAUUGAUUUAUGUUCCUCAGUAAUUAGUUCCCGUAAUAUUUAACCCCUUUUCAAUGAUUUACCAUAGUUUUAUCUAUUUAUCCAUAAAAAUCUAAUCCCAACACUAUUAAUUCGUUUUUGUAGAUCAUUUUUUUCUUCUUUCAAACUUUCAUUAUAUUUAUUGCUUUAAUUGUAGCAGCAGAUCUGUCUGAUAUUCUCACUCUAUCAUAAACCAAUGCUAAAGUCAGUAAGUCUCAUCUGCGAGUUUUUUACAUUACUGUAUAAUUUUCAAUGGAAUCACUAAUUUGAGUACUUAAUCAAAAUUGAAUUUCUUCUCGGAGGAGAACUGUCAAUAUAUUGCUUUGCAUUAGUUCCCUUUGGUUUAGGUUCUGUUUGGAGCAAAAGAUGUAUUGGUUUUACAAUGAUAUUUAUUUUUAUAUAUAUACUGUGUACAAAAUGUCUACCAGAAAUCUCGAUCCGAAAUAUCAAGUAUAGCACCUUUUUUGAAAGAGAAUUUUCUUUGAAUGGUACCUUAAAGAGGUCAUUUUUUGAGUUUUUCCUGGAGUUUUUCAAAUAAUUGGAAAAAACCAAAUGGAAAUUAAUAUUAGGUAAAACUGCAAAAAUUUACAAAAUGUAUUAUUUUUAAUUUUGUUUUUUUAUUGUAAUUCAGUGGAAAAUAUUUAUAAACUUGAAAUUUUGAUAGAACCUAUAUAUUUGACAUUUAUAUAUGUGGUAAAAUUUUCAAAACAUUUAACCCAUUUUUGAGCUAUUCAUAGACAUUCCAAUUUUGAGUUUUUUACAUAAUUUUUAUUCAAUAGGUACUCUGUAAAUAAAAUUGUUUGACCAAACAGAUGCUUGGCAAUUUAACAGGAGGUUCAUUAUUAUAGUUGUACUUAAUGGUCAAUAGGAAAAAGUUGAAUUUAAUGUAAUUUUUUUUUUCAUAUCAAAUUUUGAGAAAAAUCUUAAAUCCCAGGAUCAUUUUUCAUUAGCAAAGAUUAAUUGUUGCACAAAGAUGUACAUUAAAUUCUCUUCUGUAUCCUAAAUUCUAACUUCUAACCUACAACAGUGGUAAAAUAUGUCAGUCUUUUUUUUUAAUAGUAAUUUAGAUGCUGAAUCUUUUUGAGAUUUUUCUCUAUUUCGCCUACUCAAUAUACAUAUUUACAUGUCGAAAUAUCAAAAUCUGCUUUUUGUUCCAUUUUGGAAUUUUUCCAACUUGUUUUUAAAUGUCUCAUUGGUUCUAGAUUUGGCCAACCUUACAUAUGUUUGUGACAUUACUGGAAUUGAUUCUUCAAACUGUACUUUUUCUACAUUAAACGCUAUAAUUUUUGCUAUUAAGUUUACACUUGAUUCUUUAGAAGUAGUUUCUGAUUUAAGUACAUGAUUCACAUGCAAAUAAUAUUGUAAAACUUCAAUCUUCAUAUAUUGGUAGUACAAUAAAUUGCACUAAUUUCUUUUAUUUCCGAAAACUAACUAUUUUAAUUAACUCCUUGUUUUAACUAUAGAGAUUUACUAUACUUAGAUAUACUAGAUAUACUUUGAAUCUAACAUUAAAUUUAUGAAAAUGUAUGCACAGUAUAUGGCAACUACACACAUUUCCCUCACUGUUAAAAAAUUAAAAUAUAAAAAUAAUUUUUUCGAUCCACCUGUUGAUGUUUAUUGACUAUAAUAAUUUGUUUCCAGAUAACCACCAGAGAUCAAACAAAUCGAAAAACUUCAAAACAGUAUUUAUACCAAAUGUUGUUUCUAAUGGGAUGGCCUAUAGUUUUUCAGUUACUGUUUGUUUGGUUUCAAAAGCGAAGAAAACCAAAAGGUGAAACAUUUAAAAUGUUGUCAUUCUAAUUAUAGAAUUAAAAUUGGAUUUCUACAUACCAUUUACUGAUUUACUGGUACUUAGAGUUAAAUUAUAAUGUUGAUAAACUCUUUUAAUCUUACAGAAUAGCUAUUGGCCCAAUAGUAAUGAAUUUUGAAAUGCAUUAUUUUUAUUGUAUUUAAUACCACAUAUAGAUAAAAAAAAAAAUAAUAAUAAUGUUCAUUUUUAAACGAAUGACAUUAUGUUUUUAGAUUUUAUAUAUCUGAGUUAUUUUUAAAAUUUACUUUAUAAAUUUGUAUGAAUGUUUACACGCAACUGAUUUUUUAGUUUGUAGAUAAAAUUUGUAGUAAUAUUGUACAUUAAUUUUGUUGGAAUAACUUUGUAAAAAUCAAAUUAGGAAUAAUGUGUUGAAUCAGCCUAUCUCAAAUAUUUUGUUUUAAUGCUUGCUAAAUAGUAUUAUGUUUAGAACUAAAGAAACUAACUGAUGAAUACUUAAAAAUUAAAAUCUUGAAGGCGGAUGUAUUGAAAAAAUAACCAAUAUUGUACCAAACAUUUAUUUUAUAGGUUUGACAUUAUUGUUUAGUAAUUUAUAUUAUUAUAAUUAAUACAAAAGAAAAAAUGUCAAUUAAUUUAUAACAUUUACAAUUUUUUUUAAAAAAAAGUUUUAUUUUAUUUAUACGUGCUUAGAAUUUUUUUAUAAUUGAUAUUUGAAAAUAAGUUAAAAUAAGAUUUGUGAUAUUUAGUAGUGUGAACCCACAUUUAUGUGUAAAUAGUGUAGACAGGGAAAAAAUGUCAUCUGAUUAGAUUUUUAAGCCCAAAAUAUCACAAUGAUGUGUCAUAACAAAUUAUUUCCUCUAUAAAUAUUGAUUUUUUUAUAUUAUUUAUUUUAUAUACAUACAUCACAGUUUUAUUUUUAAAAUCUCAAUUUUAUAUUUAUAUUUAAGUACAUACUAUUAAGCCACAUAGAUUUAAUAACAUCUAUAUUAACAAGUAACACCAUUAUUUUUGUCUUAAAAAUAGAAAUUUACUAUUUUUGUAUUAUUAUAUGAAAUAUUAAAAAUAAUGUAAUGCAUUUCACAUUUAUUCCUAAUAUUAAGAAAUACAAAAAACAUUCAUUGCUUUACAUUUUUGUUUUAAACUUUCUUGGUAACAUAAUAUUAUAACUAUGGUGUUUUUUGUUCGACAUAAUGUAUAUUUUAAAUUAUUUAUUUGUUAAGAUAAGUAUUUUUUCUUCAAUUAUUAUAAAGCAAAUUAAUUUUUAUGGAGAAGGUAAUAUCAUUAGUAAUUAUUUGUUUAUAAUAUGUAGUAGUCACGUGGUGAGGGUAAUUCUCUUCUAGUCAUAAAGAUUUUAUUUAAUGUCAUAAUAUUAUAUUGAACUAAUACAUUUUUAUCAAAGUGUAUUGUGGAAUAUUACAAAUAAAUAAUAUGGUUUUAUCCGUGAAAAAAUAUAUGUAUUCUCGUCCACAUCUGACCUAUGUCCUAUUUCUAUACUAUAAUCUAAUAUGUCAACAUGAAGUGGAGAACUAUGGUAUUAGGUGACGUGAAUAAAUAUUUGAGAGGAUCUACAUACCAAAUAUUUAUUUUGUCAGGAUUUUAUCUAGA